AUGGGGUGUUGUUUUUCUAGUAGAUGUAGAUCACCGUCUACAUUCAACACAAUUCGCCUGGUUCAUCUUGAUGGUUAUGUUAAGGACUUUGAUCAUCCCAUUUCAGUCAGUGAGGUCAUAGGCAAACCGCCAAAGCAGUUUCUCUGCACUGCAGCUCAGCUUAUGUCUACAGGCUUCAAUCCCCUGAAUCUUGAUGCCCAACUCCAACCAGGCCAUAUCUACUUUGUGCUACCACUCUCAACCUUACAGGAUGAUAUUUCUCCUCUGGACAUGGCCUCUGUGGUAAGGAGACUUACAGCAAGAGCAAAAUCUAUCAGGUCUGACGCUGUGUCACCCAAAACUGGUCUUUUGUGGAGCCAAACUGGCUUGGGCUCCGAAGGGAACUCAUCUGUUAGGAUUCCAAGGCGGCUGGAGGGAAGGGAGAUGACACAUGACCUUCAAAACUCUUGCAGGGCGAGGGCACGGUCCUGGAAGCCGGUUCUAGACACCAUCAAAGAAACAUCCUUCACUCGGAGAAGUGAAUCUGAUCUGAGGGAGAUGCAAUUCAUUACCAAGAAAUAG